AUGGAGGAGGAGGAAGAGGAGGUUUGGGACGACAAGUUGGCCGCUGUGGCACAGAAGUGGGCCAAACAAUGUGUGUUGGAGCAUGACAAGAACAGGAAGAUCCCCUCUUACGGGCUGCACAUCGGCCAGAACCUGGCGGCUGGACAUGGCAACUGGAGACAGGCCAUGAGCAACUGGUACGACGAGGUGGCCGACUACCGCUACGGAGAAAACGUCAACGACUACCUGGGCCCCGACGGAUUCUUCAAGAUUGGACAUUACACUCAAAUCUGCCCCCCGAGAGACCCGUUCUACUGUGGCACACAUCUCGUGUUCUCAGACUGUGAGAAGUUCUUCAACGUGCCUCAUCUCUGCCCCUACAUGUGCCGGGUUUGUG